AUGGCUGCCUCGCACGACAAAUUCUCGUUCGGAGAAAAUAUCGACAAGAGUUUGUUUGAUGAAAGUCUUGUGGAGAUCGCGGAUUGUUUGCGUAAGCAAGGCAAGAGUGUCUUCGAUCUGAAAGAAGCAAAGGACGAAAUGUCUAAGAAGAAAGACAAGUAUGUUCUUAUAAAUAUCUUUCAGGGGCAUGCAUCGAUCGUUGUUGUCGACAAAGAAUUGUUCGAUACCAUCUUGUUUCCACCCAAAUGGGGACAAAUGUUCGAUGGACCUAAUUUGAAAUUCCGAGGAGAUUUGGAAGCUCGUAAAAUGAUGUUUGCCAAGGACCCUUUAUAUGAGUAUCACGUCUGCUUAGACGAGUCCGGCAGUAAGUACAUUCUUACACGCAACAGGUUUUACAUGCAAUGGCUGAAUAAAUCUCGGAGUUUUUACGUUGGAGAAUCGGCUAUGGCGUACUUAUACCUACAGUUGUUGUGCUUGACUGUUGUUCCAUCGAAGUAUCGAUUGAUCAUCGACGACUGUUUAGAGUUUGCGAAGCGGUUCGCCAAGGAGAUCGCUGUUCGAGAGAAUGACAUUCGGGGAACGGAAAUCGAAGCGUUGUUCAGGACUUUGUCAGUAUCCGAGCACUAUGCAAGCGCUGUAGUGGAACAAUCUUCUCGAAAUAACCCGAAAAGUGGUUUAAGUGCUGCCAUUUCUUUCUUCAUGAGUUUUAGAAUAGAAAGACUACUUCUGGCGUUAGGUAUCGUCAUGAUCGCGAUUUUUCUGUGCAGUUAUAUACGUUACUAA